CGGUGCUAGUGGUGCCUGAGCAGCAGGGCCUUGCCUUUGUGGUUGUAGAAAGAGAAGAUGGCUCCCGUUCUGGAGAAACAGCUCCCGGGCGCAGCCGGGGUAGGCGACAACAACAACGAAGAGGAAGAAGGACAAAACCUUUGGUCCUCAAUACUGAGUGAAGUUUCUACUCGCUCGAAUUCAAAGUUGCCAUCAGGAAAAAAUAUCCUGGUAUUUGGUGAGGAUGGAUCAGGAAAAACGACACUUGUGGCCAAACUUCAAGGAACCGAUCACAGCAAGAAAGGGAGGGGACUGGAGUAUCUGUACUUAAAUGUCCAUGAUGAGGACAGAGAUGACCUUACUCGGUGUAACGUGUGGAUCCUGGAUGGGGACCUGUACCACAAAGGCCUACUUAAGUUUGCUGUUUCUGCUCAGUCACUACCUGAUUGUCUAGCGGUGUUUGUUGCGGAUAUGUCACGGCCCUGGACCAUUAUGGAAUCGCUGCAGAAGUGGGCUAGUGUGCUACGUGACCAUGUGGACAAGCUCAAGAUCCCUCCUGAGGACAUGAGGGAAAUGGAGCAGAACAUGGUGAAAGCCUUCCAAGAGUACACAGAACCGGAGGACGCCACCCAAGCCUCCCCACAGAGACGGGCCCCGACAGCAGGGGAAGAUGAGGCCGUCGUGCUACCACUUGGAGACAACACACUCACACACAACCUGGGCAUUCCAGUGCUAAUAGUUUGCACAAAGUGUGACGCAGUCAGCGUAUUAGAGAAGGAGCACGACUACAGAGAGGAGCACUUCGAUUUCAUCCAGUCCCACAUCAGGCGAUUUUGCUUACAAUACGGAGCUGGCCUGAUCUACACCUCAGUCAAAGAGGAGAAGAACCUGGAUCUGCUUUACAAAUAUAUAGUACAUAAGAUGUAUGACUUCCAGUUCACCACACCUGCCUUAGUGGUAGAGAAGGAUGCAGUGUUCAUUCCCUCUGGAUGGGAUAAUGAGAAGAAAAUUGGGAUUUUGCAUGAAAACUUUACAACGGUCAGACCUGAAGAUCCAUUUGAAGAUUUUAUCACAAAGCCUCCAACACGAAAGCUGGUUCAUGACAAAGAGAUAAAUGCAGAGGAUGAGCAGGUAUUCCUGAUGAAGCAACAGUCUUUGUUAGCGAAGCAGCCAGCCACGCCAACAAGAGGAGCAACUGAGUCUCCAGGACGGACAGCCUCAGGUUCCCCCAGGCCUGCGGGUCGCGCCGGCCAACCCACUGUGACCAGCGGCUCACCGAUGUCUGCUGUCAAAAAGCCUGACCCUAACAUGAAAGCGGGGGCUGCCAAUGAGGGAGUGCUGGCUAACUUCUUCAACAGUCUGUUGAGUAAAAAGACGGGAGCCCCAGGGAGCCCCGGGAGCCCAGGAGCUGGAGCAGUUGGAGCUGGAGUGCAAGGGUCCGCCAAGAAAACAGGGCAGAAGCCGGGUUUGACUGAUGUCCAGGCGGAGUUGGACAGGAUGACUCGCAAACAAGACUCAACGGUUUCAGCUAACAACAUACCACCGCCGACAGAGAACGAAGCGUAAAGGCAACAAAAACAGCUGCAUCGUCCACUGCGUUAAUACUCUGGAAAAUUACAUGUACUUGUGAGCAUAAAAAAAAAAAAAUUGACCAAAUUCCCAAUGUCUAUAUCAGUCAGCACACACACACAGUGGUUUCACCAAAAUGAGUUUCGGAUGCUAUCAGAUAUUUUGGUGUUCUGGUGAGAUGGGAAGAGAGAGAUAACAGAGAUGGAGGUGUUAAUGAGAUGAUAAGUGCUGAAGGCUUGGCUUUAUUUCUGUCCUCUCUUCCACUGUAAAUGUUAUUUUGUGAGGGAUGUCAGUUUAUGGAAAUGUGUGCACACUCCCUGGCAGCCAGCCUGAUAUGCUGGGCUGCAGGCCCCCCAGUUUCUGGGGUUAAACACCCUCUCCUCAUGGGUUUAAAGAGUGGAAAUAUACUGGUCCUGUGGCCUCUGGUUCAGCUUAUCUCAUGGAAGGAAUUUGGUUGCGAUUGGAAAGGUAUUUAAACUUUAAAUAGAUUCGAGAAAAGUAAUUAAAAUACUUGCAAACAUAUGUAGUAUGUAAAAAAUUGUUGGAUAUGAUACUGAUGUAUUUAUACAAAGUUCCUCCUUUUUAUUUUAUUUUUGUGCACCAUUUAUUGGUUUAAGGAAGCAUUCAUCUGUAUCACAUAACAUGUUAAAAUGCCACUGACGUCAUGACACUAAUGAGAUGUCCAGAUAGCUGAUAGCAUAUCAUAUCAUUUGCCCUUGUCAUCUCGAAGGAUUCUGUAAAUAUUAAUACGAAAAAAUUCUAUUCAGGUUCAUCUUGAUUUUUGUAUAAAAUGCAAUCCUGUUCAAAUUCUGAAAAUAGCUUCUUUGACUAAAUGAGACUGGUUGGGAUUUGACAGGCUUUGAGGUUGCAACAGAAUCGCUUCUUUAGCUACAGGUGUGUAUAUUUGGGGAGGGUGGUUGGGCAGCAUCUUUCCUACUAUAACUCCCAAGUGCCUCGCACAGUUAGCUGUUUGUGUCAUAGUAGAGGUGCUUGUCUACAUAAGAGGAAAUGCACUGUAGCACCAUCGGUUAAAAGGUUUUUUUUUUUUUUUGUCCAUUUCUUGUCAUCCAAAUAAUUUAUUUCUUUUUACAUUUUUGUUAAUGUACAACAAGCCUGUGGUCUCUGUUAUUUUUCACAAAUAAGAUUUCUGUGGCCUAGCUGAUAGUGUUGAAUAGAGCAAUAGAUUGAAUGCCUUCAUACAAACUGUAAAGGCUGCUAAUAUUAAGAAGAAACCACACGAUGGAACUUUUGGGUCCCCCAGACGAACACUUGCUGUGGUUGAAACCACUCGCUUUUGCAGCCAAAACACACACACACACACACACACAAUGAUUUGCUGUGGUUUGAACAAAACGAGAUAUUGUAUCGUUCAGUGUGUAACAGCACUGUGGUCCUCCUUUUUGGUUUCACAUGUUUUAUUCACACUGUACUUCGCAUGUCAGAUAAAACAUUCCCAGUUUCUACAAGAAGUAGCUGUAGAGACACAUCCCUGUAGGAAACCUGUUUGUCCAGUCAGAUCUUUUUGUUCGGUCUCUUUCAGUGCCCGAUUUAAAACGACGACCUUUUGCCUUCAAUGUACAGCUAAUAGUUUGUCACACUGGGCGCCCUGCCUUCACAGGAUUGCUCCUAAUUAAUUUGUGUGUCCUUAAGGGGUUGCUUAAUUGUCUUAUGUAAUUUCUUUUCUUUUAAAAAAAAAAAAAUUAAAACCAUUAUACUGUACCAUAUCAAAUAAUCUGUAAUAAUAUUUAUGGUUUCAUGACACCAUAAUCUAAUCGAAACGAAUUAAAUGUACAUUAUCAUUUUUAAGUCUGUAUGCAAGGCCCUACUUAAUCCUAUGGAUAUAGUUCAUCAGUAGCUUUCACAGAUGUCAUGGUAAAUGUGAAGAGAGCAGCUAUUUGCUAUUCAAAUAACAAUAGCAAAAAAAAAGGAAAACUGGAGUGAAUUGGAACACGGAACCAAAGAUGCAUAUUACUCGCUAUUUUCAGCUUUUUAUAGUCUGUAGUCAUCCAUAAGAUUAACCAGUGGCCAUUUUUCUCCUACUCUUGCAUCGAGCCCUUGCAUUCCAAACUUGUGGUCUGCCUAUGAACCCUUUUUUUUAUUAUAUUUUUUUUUUAUUUUGCAUAACACCCCAUAAAAAUGGUAGAAAUGCCUUACUCCACUCAACCAUAUCUGCAAUUUCAGGAGUCGAAGGAAAAGAAAUACCAUAAUUCUAUUACAGUAGAUUAUGGUAAAUCCUCUAAACUGGUCUACAAAUACAAUGCAGUUAGGGUUUAACAUCAUUUUGAAACAAUUUGCUCUGUGAGGGAAUAACCACAAGACCAUAUUUGUGUACAGUCUACUUCAUGCAUGAUUUGAUUUAUUGUCAAAAAUGAUACUCUACAACUGUUCUGGGUUUAUUUUUGAUCAAAAUGAAGCUCUUAUUGUUCCUUUUUUUUUUUUUUUUUUUUUUUUUGUGACUGGGUGGAAUGUGCACCUGAGGCUCUGUUGCCGAAGUGGGUGAAACAGUUUUAAGAACAGCCAGGAGCAGUACCACCACAUGUUGAAAUAAGCACUUUUCCUUGGACACUUGUAUCAAUUCCCUGUUGCUACAGUUAAAAGAUACAGAAUGCAUAUUUUUCUUUUUGCCUUGCCUUUUAGAACAUUUAGUAAUGAACUUAGAAGUUAACCUACACAGUAAAAUUGCAUUAUUUAUCUGCAGUUGCUGCUUAAGUUAUGGGACGUGCCCCUUGUGGUUAACUAUGGAAUAACCCCCUUUCUGCUGAUGGUAUUGUGAUUUUUAAUAUCAACCCUUUAGAAAUCAUUGUGCAGGGGAUAUUUUUGGGACAUCUUGAAGUAGAUAAACCAAAAUAAAAGUCCAUUCAUUUUCAGGUUUGUCCUUUUUGCCCAUGAAACGUCCCUUGUUUGUGUUUACAUCCUAAUAGACAUGUUUUGUUUUUGUUGUCAAAUAUGGUUUUGCCCAUAAGACACUUUCUAUUGUAAAGGAAUAUUGAAAUGUCACUCUAACCUGGCUGACCACACUGAUUGAUCCUAUUGAAACGUGGCCACACUUGUUAAAAUUGGCAUUUAGCUGAGUAGAAUGAAGCGCUCUCAUGCUGCUUGGUUUCAGAGUUGCACCUGCUCUUUGUAAAGAUUUGGAUGUUGCUCCCAAGAUUGAAUAAUGAACAGAUGUUGUAACUUUUAUACUCAAACGUCAGUUGAAAGCAACUGCCUCCUCACAUGUUAACUGAAUUGCCUUCAACCACUAUCGACAGUCUACAUCUAUACGAGACUACGAGCUUCUGCUUCCAGUCCUUUUGUAUCCAGGAUAUCAAGACAUUGUAAGCACAUGGCUGGCCGCGUUUUUGUGUCCUGAAUUAAUUCAGAAGUUUGAUUGUAUGACUUUAACACGUCUCUGUAGCCUCUAAGCUGCCAUGUGGAUUCUAGCUUCUUACGCCGACAAAGAUAAGGAACAUGUUUAUCAGACCCCUGGCUUCAAUAAAACCAAGAAUCAAAA